AGUAUAUAUAUAAAAAUGUACCUAGUCUUUUGUUACCUACUUUUUUGUGAAUUAUGUAUCACUAAAGUGUCCGUAUAAUCGUUAAUACCUACUUUUUACUGUAAUUACCUACAGGCGUUUAAUAUCACUGAUAACUUGCCUAAUUGUAAAACAGUAGAUACGUAACGUACGCUAUUAAAUCCCUGUUUUUUGAGGGGGAAAAUCAUCGAAUGCCUUUUACCGCCUGGGUAAGGCGGGAGGGAGUGUCAGACUCUUACUGACUGAAAACCACCCCGUGUCUAUUCCUGCACUUUGAGCUGGAGCCUCGGCAACCUGUUA